AAGUCUGCUAGGGUUUUCCGCCGUCUUAUCCCUUCGUCCACGCUGCCCCGCAGCCGCCGCCCAAACCCUAGCAAUCCGUAAUCCGCCAUGGCCGACGACCACUACUCCUCCAAGCGCAAGUACGACGACCCCUCGCCGCCGCCGCGGCGAACGGGGUUCUCCUCCGGCCCGCCGCCCGUCUCGCCGCCCGCUGGGGGCGCCCAGUCGUACAACAGCGUGCCGCCGCCCCCCGACGAGAUCCAGCUCGCGAAGCAGCGCGCGCAGGAGAUCGCGGCGCGGAUCUUCAACGCCGCCGAGGCCAAGCGCCCACGCGUCGACAACGGCGACGAUGACGUAGGCGGCUACGGGGGAGGAGGCUCCCUGGGCAGCAGCGGUGGCGGUGGCCGCAUCGGCGGCGGGGGCCUCGGCUUCUCGUCCUCUGCCGGUGGUGCAGGGCAUGGGUCUUCUAUCCCGCCAAUAUCUUCACAGAGCAGUGCACCUCCGUACUCUUCAUAUGGUGGAUAUCAGGGUACAAGCAAAAAGAUUGAAAUACCAAAUGGAAGGGUUGGUGUUAUUAUCGGAAAAGCUGGGGAAACUAUCAGGUAUCUCCAACUUCAGUCAGGAGCAAAGAUUCAGGUAACAAGAGACAAUGAAGCUGAGCCAGGUGCACAGACAAGACCAGUUGAGCUUUCAGGCGCUCCUGAGCAGAUAAGCAAAGCUGAGCAACUGAUCAAAGAAGUUCUGGCAGAGGCUGAUGCUGGGUCAUCUGGUACUGGAUCUGGUGGCCGGAAAUAUAAUGCACCACAGCCAGGUGCCGAGACGUUCCAGAUGAAAAUUGCUAAUAACAAGGUGGGUCUGGUUAUUGGAAAGGGUGGUGAAACUAUAAAGUCCAUGCAAGCCAAAUCUGGAGCUCGAAUUCAGGUUAUUCCUUUGCAUCUGCCCGCUGGUGACACUUCAACUGAAAGAACUGUGCAUAUUGAUGGCACACAGGAACAAAUUGAAAUUGCAAAGCAGCUGGUGAUUGAGGUUACCAGUGAGAAUCGUGCCAGAAAUCAAAUGUCAGGUGGCUAUUCUCAGCAGGGUUAUCGCCCUCCUCGUCCUCAGUCAAACUGGGGCCCACCUGGUGCACCACCCCAGCAGCCUGGUUAUGGUUAUAUGCAGCCUGGAGCUUAUCCUGGGGCACCGCCACAGUAUGGUGCACCUCAGCAACCUUAUGGUAGCUAUCCUCCAACAUCUGGUGGCUAUCAGACUGCGGGGUGGGAUCAGUCUCAAAACCAGCAAUCUCAUACAACUCCCCCUGGCACUGGGUAUGACUAUUAUAGCCAGCAGCAGCAACCUCAACAACAGUCUGCCCCUGGGACUGCUGCGUCCACUGAUGCUACUAGCUACAAUUAUGGCCAGCCUCCUACAUAUACUUCACAAGGAUACGAUUCUACCUACUCUCAGCAGAGUGCUGGGCAGCAAGCAUAUGAUUACUCUGGUUACCAGACCCAAGGGCAGCAGCAGGGCUAUUCUCAGCAGGCUGGUUAUGAUCAGCAGGGCUAUGGUGCAUCUGCUUAUGGAUCAGCUGCAAGCUCGACCCAGGAUGGGUCUGCACCCAGUUAUGGUGGUACUGGUGGGGCCAGUCAAGCAUCUCCAGGGCAGCAAACUUCAACCCAAGCUGCUGGAAGCCACCCUGGUUAUGCCAGCCAACCACCUACUAGUGCUGCAGCAAGCUACCCGGCGCAAGGUUCUGCUCCAUCUGGCUAUGGCGCUCCACCGCCACAGUCUGGCUAUGGCACCCAGCCGCCACCGCAAGGUGGGUAUGGUCAGGGCGCUUACGGGCAGCCUUCUCCGCAGGGCCAGAAGCCUCCUGCAUCUUCACCAUAUGGACAGGCUCCGCCUCCUGGAUCUGCUCAGGCUGGUUAUGGACAGUAUGGUUACAGCCAGCCUGGUUAUGGUGCACCUCCGCCUUACCCUGGUGCCCCUCCUGCAAGCCAUCCAGGUUAUGGCCAGCAGCAGUCUUAUGUUGAUGCUUAUGGCAGUGGAAGCUACGGGCAGCCUCCGGCGUACUCUACUGAAGCAACAGCAACUGCUACGUCCCAGGAUCAAUCUGCUGCACCUGCCCCAGUUGGUGCUACCACGACAUCUGCCCCAGCUCCUGCUAACAGCGGUGGCGCGCAAUCUGCAGAAAGUUAAGCUUCAAUGGAUCCUUGGAACAAACACUUUCAAGCUUCUGCUGUGGUUUCCUCCGCUCUGUUCCUUAAUAUACCGCAUCUAGUAUAGUGACGAGGGUCCAUAUCUAUGAGUUCUGUUUUUUUUCCCCUUGUUGCUGUAGGUUUGACAUUUUAUCUUAAAUUGCUAUUCGUUUGUACUGUGUUAUCUUGAGUUGUUUUGAUUCCUGUACGUUAUGGUGAUAUUUGUACUUUUCGGUUGCUCUUGUUCCGGUUGGGCCCUGGACGCUGGACAUCUGCCAUUACAAUAUGCAUUUUGAACCUAUUUUUCUUUCA